AUGCAUGAUGAUAUUGAUGGAUUACUUCACGACACAUUUAGAAAUAUAGAAGGUGAGCCGGUACAAGAAGAAGGGAUGAGAAAGGCUUUAUCUGAAGAUGCUAAGAGAUUUUUUAAAUUAUUAGAGGAAGGGAAACAAGAAUUAUAUCCAGAGUGUGAAAAAUUCAGUAAAUUGAGUUUCACCAUCCGGUUGUACUUGUUUAAGUCUUUGCAUGGGUUGAGUAAUGUAGCCUUUUCAGACUUGUUAGAGUUGUUAAAAGAGGCAUUUCCCCUUGCUAAGCUGCCAGAGUCUUUCAACAAGGCUAAAAAUAUGAUAAAAGAUUUGGGUCUUCAUUACGAAAAAAUACAUGCAUGCCCUAAUUAUUGCAUGCUAUUUUGGAAUGACAAUGCAAAGGCCGAUAAUUGCUCUGUUUGUGGGUCUUCUAGAUGGAAACGUUCUAAUCGUGCCUGGACUAAUACAAGUUCUAAAGUUCCUGCAAAGGUUUUAAGGUACUUUCCCUUGAAGCCUAGGCUUCAGAGGAUAUUCAUGUGUCUUGAAACAGCUAUUGCAAUGAGAUGGCAUGCUAAUGAACGACCUAAUGAUGGGAAUUUGAGGCAUCCCGCUAAUGGAGAAGCAUGGAAGGAUUUUGAGUCUCUACAUCCUGACUUCUCUAAAGAUCCACGCAAUGUUAGGUUGGGUCUUUCAAGUGAUGGUUUCAACCCAUUUCGAACCAUGAGCAUUUCUCAUAGCACGUGGCCUGUCAUGUUAAUGAACUAUAAUUUAUCACCAUGGAUUUGCAUGAAGCCAGAAUAUAUCAUGUUGUCAAUGAUCAUUCCAGGUCCUUCAUCUCCAGGAAAUGAUAUAGAUGUGUACUUACAACCACUUAUUGCAGAAUUGAAGGAACUAUGGGAAACUGGGAUAGAAACAUAUGAUGCUGAGACAAAGCAAACAUUUCAAAUGCGUGCAGCCUUGUUGUGGACAAUUAGUGAUUUUCCAGCAUUAGCUAUGCUUUCAGGAUGGAUCACCAAGGGGAGGUUGGCAUGCCCCACUUGUAAUUAUGACACAUGCUCUCUAUAUCUCAAACACAGUCAUAAGAUGUCUUACAUGGGCCAUCGAAGAUUUUUGCCGCAUGAUCAUCCUUUGCGGAAAGAAAAGAAAUCAUUUGAUGGUAAGGAGGAACAUAGACCUGCACCCACUCCUUUGUCGGGUUUAGAAGUGUUUCAAGAGCUGCUUGAAUUCAACAAUGUUUUUGGAAAGGGCAAAAAGAAAAGACCUCGGGAUAACAAGGAAAAAAAGUCAAAGGAUCAUGUAAAUGCUCGCUAUGACUUAAAAGAAAUGGGGAUACGAGAGGAGUUACAACCAAGAGAAGAUGAUGAUGGAUCAGUGAGUUUGGCUAAAGCUUGUUUCUACAUGGAACCAAAACAGAAAAGUAUAUUUUGUACCGUCAUAAAAAAUGCCAAGUUACCAAAAGGUUGUGCUUCAAAUAUUUCAGAACGUGUGCAAGUGAAGGAGAUGAAAAUAUCAGGGUACAAGAGUCAUGAUGCUCAUUUUAUAAUGCAUUACUCGCUCCAGGUUGCUGUUAGAAAGGCGUUGCCCAAGAGUGUUUCAUUGGCCUUGAUUAGGUUGGGUAAUUUUUUUAAAGCCAUAUGUAGUAGGUCAUAA